UUGUUCAAAUAAAGACUAAGCGGUCAGGAAAGCUACAGCAGCCUUCCUUGUUCCUUGGGACUUUAAGUCAACAAGUACGCACAGAGAAAGAGCAAGAGCACCACUCCUGUUUCUGAAACUUGGGGCUCUGCAGCUUUGCCCAGCGUGUGCGCACACCACAGGUUCAAAGAAUUUAGCAACCUGCCCCAGGAAGAAAGCUGUGAAACGUAUUAUUUGUGAGAAGAGUGUUUUUGGGAGAUUUCAUUGCUGGUUUGACUUGUUUUGUGCUUUAUGUAACAACAAUUAGUUACUCCUGAGGCCACUGGGUUUUUGUCUGUAGUUGGAGUCUUUGUUAUCCUCCUUGCAGUCCUCUUCCUCUUCAUCAACAAGAAACUCUGCUUUGAAAAGAGAGGUGGACUCUCAUGCCUGGAACAAGGGAGAAGAAAACACUGCAGAGAAAAGUCUAGAGUUCAUGAGGGCCUUGGUCUGUUGAUGGCUGUAACCAGAAUGUGCGUGCUUCAGAAAAGCUCCCUGAAUUAUAAGUGACAUGCUGGCAAAACCGAACAACUGAUCACCAGAUACUGGCAUAGUGUUAAACAUGGCUUCUGAGGCUGCUCAGAAUUUCCUCCAGCCACUGUCUUCUUGGAUGUCUCAAAUAUACGAAGCUAUCCAACAAGCAGGAGACUCGAUAUCAGCUUCGUUGCUGAAUUUGAGCGGAGUGGGUCGUAAGUCAGAGGAAGAGAGAAACCGGGACUUGGAGGACAAUGGAGGAGUUUAUGAGGAUUAUUCCGAGGAAUCAGAAGAUGAAAUACACAUGGACCUGUGGGAUGAGGAAUACACGUAUCCUAGAGAAGAUGGUCACAUUGGGGGUCCUCGUCUUGCUUCACAGCCCCUCCCCAGUGGCUCUGACCUGGGUCUCCAGAGGCAAAAAUGGGUCAAAAAUGCCACCAGUUUACCAGAGCAGAGUGUUGAAAGCACCAGGCCUUUGGCAGCCAAUGGAUCCUACUGGAUGAAUGAAGAUUUCCAGCCACUUGAUCGGCUUCCUACAAUUGCUGAGGAAGAAGGUGAGCCCUCUGUGAGGGUCAGAGACCAGGAGAACAACCUCAGCGUGGGUGGCUCCACAGAAAUUCAUAAUGGCAAGGCAAGUUUUGCAGAUCUGGAUGGACUAAGCCAACUGAGUUACCAAGACAACCUACCCUAUCGUGAAGAUGACCACGUAUCUGUUGAUUCAAGAACAAUGGAGAGUAGGGGUGCUGGGCAGCAUAAAGGGCCUAGGACGGAGUCCAGCACUGCUGAUGGCAUUAGCCAGCAAGCCACCGACGGAUGUUUGGAACUGGAGACAAGACUUUCCAACCAGGGAUUUGAAGGAAAUGAUGCUACUGACAGCUCAUCGGCGUGGAGCCCUGAGGAGCAUGAUGAAGUAAACAGUGUACCAGCUCAUGAGAGUGCCCAUCAGCCCGUUUGUAGAUGUGGUGAUCUAGAUGUCAGCUUUACUUAUAAAGCCUCAAGUCAGAAGCUGGUGGUUACUGUCUUGGAGGCCAGGGACAUCCCAGACAAAGACCGCAGCGGUGUGAACACCUGGCAAGUGCACACAGUCCUGAUGCCGAGCAAGAAACAAAGGGGUAAGACAAGUGUUCAGAGAGGACCCAUCCCCAUGUUCAAGGAUAAAAUUACGUUCAGUAAGCUGGAGCCACACGAGUUAAGUGGCUACGCCAUCCGUUUCCGCCUCUAUGCCGUGCACAAAAUGGUUGGAGAGAAGAUGAUGGGAGAACAGCUGUUCUACCUGAGCAACAUGAGCCAGGAAGGGGAUGUGAAGGUGACACUGGUCUUGGAGCCAAGGAGUAAUUUGACUAGUGCAGACUCUCAGCUUAGUCUGUCAGCAAUCUCUCACAGUGAUAGCGCUUCUUCAACACAGUCCCUGUCGCAUGGAGGGGUGCCAGAGCUGCUCGUGGGCUUGUCGUACAAUGCCACUACGGGGCGGCUGUCAGUGGAGAUGAUCAAAGGCAGUCAUUUCCGAAACCUCGCAAUUAAUAGGCCACCUGACACCUAUGGAAAGCUCUGCCUGCUCAACUCCAUGGGCCAGGAGAUGUCUCGCUGCAAGACCUCCAUCCGCCGAGGACAGCCCAACCCCGUCUACAAGGAAACUUUCAUCUUCCAGGUUGCCCUCUUCCAGCUCUCCGAUGUCACGCUCAUGAUCUCCAUCUACAACAAGCGCAGCAUGAAGCGCAAGGAGAUGGUCGGCUGGAUUUCCAUGGGGCAGAACAGCAGCGGGCAGGAAGAGCAGAGUCACUGGCAGGAAAUGAAGGAAUCGAAGGGGACGCAGGUCUGCAGGUGGCACACGCUGCUCGAGUCCUAGUGGUUACAGGGGCAGCCUGCAGGUCCUGGGACCGUGGGCUGUGUUCGCAGUCAGCGGGAAGCAGCUAUUCCAUGGCGAGCACUGUGCUCUGCCAGGUCUUGUACACUUUAACUUGACUGUCAAUGUCAUCUGUCAUGAGCAUUGAAAGCGGCAAGGCCUGGGAAGCAAGUUUACUUCUUGUCUUUGCAGGUUGCCCUGCAUUUUCCAUAUCCAAAUAAUUAUCCCAAGGGAAAAGCGAUGGGCAAACCUACAAAAUCCUCUCUUUGGGCCUUGUCUUGCUCAUUUUGUCAUAGGCCUAACCAUCGCAGUCUGAUUUUGAUGCUGUUUUCUUCUGGGGUAAAUUCUCUCUUCCUUCCCUUAUUUAUAUUAAUGAAGUUUGCAAACAUUCUUGACACGCAGAUAGCUCACAGAUAAGCUAAACUGCAUGCAGAUCACGUUCUCUCUCUUAUUACCAUGUUUUUGAGUCCUAGAAAUAAGCAUUUGGUACCACUAUGGACUGGAUUUUUCAGGCAGCAUGGGAAGCACUGUUGAAUUCUCUGUCAAUUUUUAAGUGCCUAGGCAUUACUACUGUUUCCUGUACUAACAAUUGAUAUUAUUCAUUAGGACUUAAUACUACCAGUAUUUUUAAUGAGGCACCCUGUGCACUUGUUAGCCUGUAUUGCCAUAGGCGUGCAUGAGAGGUAACUAGCAUCGGUUUUGUAUUGCAGUUAUACGAUGCAUGUUUAGAUGCUUACUUGAAGUCCAUGGCUUCUGUCAUCAUGGAUACCAAAAAGAAAAAAAAAAAAAAAGACCAGAACAAGCUGCACAUCCACCUUUGUGCCUGAAUCACACUUUUCUGCAUUGUUUUGGCCAUGUGUUACUUUGCUGUGUAAAAGUGAGGUUCAUUCAGAAAAGCGUUCCUGUGAGCAGUGCGCAGAACGGCCUUCUGGCCGUGGUUUCUCUCAUUCAGUUAAGCACAACUCAAGCUCUCUGGGGGCUCUCGUUCAAAUGUUCUAUCCUGUAAUGUCUUCUGGGGAUCUGAAAAGGGACCAUUUUUGGCAUGCUGAGCAGCAGGGAAUGCCAGACCACAUCACCUCAUCUUUGGGGCAAGCUCUCCUACAGGCAAGAAAUAGGAUCCGGGGGACCCCUCCUAGAGGGGGUGCUGGCUCUGACAAACCACACGGAGAAAAGUAUUACAUUUUCUGCCUCUGACUGAAACCAGUGCAAGGAACAGGCUUGCUGGAUGAGGUGAUGACACUUUUAUGUAGUUACUCUUCGGACUCUUUUUUGUCAUUUUCCAUUUUAAUCUUUUUUCCUGUCUCUGUGAGUUAAAGUCAUGGAGGCAAUGGAUAGGGAACAAGUCUUCGUCUGCUGCCUCACUACUGAAUGUUUAGCCGUCGUUAGGUAUUGCAAAGUUGCAUGUGACACAGCAGAGGAUGUUCAUCUUCUUGUGCAGUGAGGGUGCCAAGACAUUCAAAUGCUAUCAGUGGCCUGAUUUCGAUUCCCUGCUCUCUUUAGGAGGACUGGCGUUUCUUCAUUCCUGCUGAUGGUAGCAAGACAGGAAAUAUUUUGCUGAAAAGGUUUCUCAGUACUGCAUCACCUCGUGUUUUGUUUUUGUUUACUGAGACCUGGCACCAAACUCUGCCUCUUGCACCACAACUGUCUCCUUCUCUUUGAUGGUGCUGUGCAGAUCUAAUCAGUGCAAGUUUGGGCACUGGCUUUUUAACCAAAACUGAGCCUGGGUGCUGGUUUGCCUCACACCCAGUGAAGUGCUGGAGUUGGGUUAUCACUUGGUGUGGUGCAAACAGGCUUUGUCUGCCCUCAUGGGGCAGUCCAACAAGACAGAAUAAUCUGUAGGGUGAAGGUCUUCUGGUAUAGGUGAGACAACUUAUCCUACAGGUCAUGGUUAAAGAUAUUCUUACACUUACCUGUCAGAGCACGGUUUUCCAGUGAGACUGGUGGGUGUCCUAUGCAGGAGGGUUGUCCUCCACUGCCUUGUUAAGCUGGCAAAAUAUCUGCUUUGCACUACUGGAGCUUUGUAUCCCAAAGCAGGAUCUAACCCAAACACAACUACAUUUUUGACUGCACUGUUAAUGCUGCUGUAUUACCAAUAGGAGAGAAAAUAAGCAUAUGAGUGGUAAUGAGCAGAACAGGUCUGCCUGUGUUUCUUUUACCAUGUACUUUUCUUCUAGAAAAAAAAGUACAGGAAACAGCCCAAUUCAAAAGGUGCAUUUGCUGAUUUCAGAUGUUUUCCAAUCUCUGCAUCUGUUUUUCCUGAACUGCACAAAAUGUAUAUACAAGUGUUUAUAAGCAAUUUUAUUAUCUGAAAUGUAUAUGUAUAAUAAACUUACUGAGAUUCUCUUCAUAACUUCUUGAACCUGCAAAGUAUUGCUUAUGCUUAAUUUAAUGAUUAGCUAAGGGAAAAGCUUAACUUGAUAGUAUGCGUCAGAAGUGAACUGGAGAUAACCCAGGUUUUUAAUUGUCUGAUUAAAAAGAAAUCUUGGAAAAGACCAUUUUAAAAAGCAACAUAGUAAACUGUUUUUGGACUUCCAUGAUAUUUUCAUAUCUACAUCUUCUCUGAAGAUACAGCAGAAGGGAAAUUGAAUUUUAAGAUACAUUUCCACUGUAGAAUAGUGGGAGACAGGGAGCAAGAAAAAAGUAGCAUUCUCAGAGUCAGCUAAUAUCUGAGCAUGUUAAAACUUUGCCUCAGAUGCAGUAGCUUCCUGCAUCAUUGCAACGGCAUUUUGGCCUGAUGUUUUACAAGAAGAAUUUGGAGGGAAGGAAAAAGGGAUGAGGCAAGGGAAGCAUUGUUUUUUUAUUAUUAUUAUUUUUAUUAUUUUGGAGCUGCUGCUAAACCCGCUGGCACAUCCACGCCUUGAGCAGUACAUUUGUGAGGUUCAUUAAAUUCCUCCUGAAGCACAGAGGGAUUUAGGAAUCUUGGCAUGAACAGUGUUGGAGGUGCUCAUGCUUACGAGCUCUAGUUUGGGGGUUUUGCUACUUUUUUGGUUUAUUUCUUUUUGCAGUAUUGCGUAUCUAUGAAAUGAAGAAGGCUUUGCAGCAGCUCCCCUUUAUACCAGAGCUCCCGUAAUUCUUCCUAUUGACAGAUUGAAUUAGUCAUUGCUAAUAUUGAUACAGGCUGGCCUUGUGCUCCUGGUCUUUCUCAUGUAAAUACCACUGCCCUUUCAGUCACUGUCUUAACCCCUUGUUUCCUUUAAAAGUGGCUGAGAAGUCUGAAUUUCCAGAAGUACUUCCAUUCCGUGGGAAUCUGGCCGUGUGCUUAGCUCUCCGUUGGCGUUGGACCUGGAGCUUCGUGCUCUGCCAGCCUCCAUCCACGUGGAUGCUGGUGCCCUGCCUCUGCUUCUGGGGAGCUCCAGGAGAGGAGGGAGACCAUGGAGCAGUCAGAGGCUGACCUGGAUUUGUGAGUGCUUGGGCACUUGCACAUCCUCCCUGUGCAAGUUUCCUAACACGUUUUCUAAGGUAAUUCAUCUCCUUUUGAUUCUCUUGUCUGAAAUCCCCUAAGAGCUCAUUCGAAUUUUCUUCUCUGGGGGGAGUGGUGGAAAAAAAAAAAAAAAAGCCCCCAAACCCACAAAACUGUUGUGUGGGAAGGAGCUAACAACACUGGCAUAAGCCCAGAGUCCUGUGGGUAAGUGCUCUGGGUACAUCUCUGUACCUCAGGCAGCAUCGUUCAGCUAGCUGCAGUCUGCUCCUUCCUUGGUCUCCCUCCAGCCAGCACUCUCCUGUCCUGCUCGGCUCUCUGCUGUUAUUUUAUUUUUUAAUUUUGUGUUUAAUGUGUAUCGACAGCAGAACAGAAUGAUCUCACCGCGUUUGUAUUCUCUGCAGUAAUGCUGACUUUCAACUGAUGCCCACAGAAACGAGAACCUCUUUUAGCCCGUGGCACUGCAGUGACAGCUAACUGAAGUGCCCCUUUGCAAAGGCUUCCUCUGAGCUGUCUGCUGUGCAGUUUGAUGAGCCUGGGCUUCCUUUCUACCACCAUCUUUAAUUAUUUGGGCCCUGCUGUGUCCUGCUCACUCCGGCUUGCCUGCGUUUCCCUCGCGGGGUGACGCGGGGUGUGCGGUUUCUGGGGUGCACAGACAAUGCGUGCGGGUAUUUUUAGUGGCUGCAGAUCCCGAAGUGUUACCGUGUGCUUUACAUCAUUGACUGAUCUUCAGUCGUGAAUGUCUUCAGAUGUUCUUGGACUUGCAGAACCAGGGGCUGCCAGCCAGAAAUUGAUCAUUUCUCCAGCACAAAGCCGAUGGCGGCAGCCUGGCAGAGGAGCGGGCCUUUCCUCUGGUGGUGGUUCGCUUUCUCCUUCAGCUGGCGCUGACCUUGCAGCUAGCGUGCCUGCAGAGCUUUCCUUCCACUUCCAUAUUUAUCAACGUCUUUAAUCUGUGUGAUCACUGCACUUUUGGCCUCUCAGCUGCCUCCUGCCCUCUGCCACAAAGGUGGACGUGGAGGCUGAGCGAAGCCUACGGCCUGCCGCGGGGCAUGGCGGCGGGGCCAGCUGCCGCCCGAGGGGCCGCGCUGGAGGUAGGCCGCUGGUGUCUGGCUGGUCUUCUUCAGCGAUAAACACAGCCAGACACUGGCAGGUCUUAGAGCUUGGAGUUCAGUGUAGCUGAUUUGAGUGUUUAUUUGGGAUCUGGUGCAGAUUUAGCAUGCACUACAUGCAAGAAGUUGUGCAAGAAGUGAAAACCCCCAGCAAUGGCCACGACAGGGGCAGGGAAGGCUGGGUGCUCGCAGUGCUGCGGACCUGUGGGCUUGCCGUUUGUCACCACAAUUCCUUAGCCCCAGAGCUGCUGAAGGCAUACACAAGACGUGUAAAAAGAAAAGCUUUUUCUUUUUUUUUUUCCCCUCCUCCUCCAGCACAGAGUGAGCGUGUGUCUUCCCGCAGCCUGCACCGUAGGCCUUAAGAAAUGAAAGUGUAAAUAUUUUGUCUCUCGCAGCAGCCCAAGGUCAUCUUUCUGGAACAGCAAACAGGCACAGAAUCCAAAGAAGAUCAGUCCGUCAUGUGAGUAAGGUUAGCAUCUGCACUUACAAAUGACAAAGGCUAUUAAUCCUCAUGCUGUAAUCCCCAAGCUGUUUGCCAGCUGGCAGCAGGAAGAUGUUCCUGCUCAACCCACACAGCUAUCCAUGUUUUUUCACCUUUAUGAAGCAGAUAUAGGUCAAUACUGGAUAGCCUGGAUAACGAACUUGGUAGCUACCAUUCAUCUCUUCUAGCGUUACAAUUCAUCUCUUGUAGUGUUACAAUCCCUCUCUUCUCCACGCAAACCACCCGUAUGGAAGAGGGUGCAGCAGGAGAGCUGCAGGCUGUGCACCCCUCUGAUCGCCAGAUCAGAUGGCUGAAGGCCAGGUUGCUUCCCUCUGCUCCCCCAGUUCUCAAGGGAAGGAAUAGCAGAGAAAACGCAGUGCUUGGUUGCAGCAGGUAAAAGGCCACUGUUGAGAUGUGUUUGAUCAUCUCUUGGGGACACAACCAGCCUGGGCCCUGUGAGGGACUGUAGACGGGGCCAGAGGGAGUGAUGCAGGUGGUUGUGGUGCUCGGUGCCGCCUCAUACAACACACAGCCGUGUGUCCCCCUGUCACCAGCACAGAGUACUGGGCAGCUGAGGCUGGAAAAUUUUCAAGAGGAGACCCAAGAGCCAGAGGGGAGCCUUGAAGAUCCAUCGAUGCUCUCAAAUUUUCUAAAGAGACAAGCAGAGUCUUGAGCCAUGCUCAACAAAAGUGUGGUUUAACAGAAAUCUCAGCUCCCAGGGGAGCUGCAGGUGUGAGGAGGUGAGGAUGUGGUGGCCUCCCAUCCCCUGCUGGCUGUGGCAGACCAGCACCACAGAGGUACCAAAUGCUCCAGAGGAGUCCCUGUAACUUCGUACCUGGUGUGGGCGGAUCUCAACUUGAGGACCAAAUCAAAAGCUGCUCUGGCCAUGGGUGAAGAACAAGAAAGAUGCAGGAUUCAGACACAAGCUGAAUUCUUUGCUGAGUCCAGGGAAGGCAUUUUAUCAUGCCAAAUGAUUCCCUCUCCUUUCAUUUCUCAGACUUGCGAGAACAUUGCAAACUUCUCUUCUCAUUAGCAGCUGGAAAAAAAUCAUAUAAUUGUGCCAGUUUUCCUCAUCCCUGUUGUGUCUUGUUAACACUUUCCAGGUGCUUUUCCUUCACACCACCUCCACCGUGCCAUCUCCCAGCCUUUCAUUAAUAUCAGUAGAAAUCUGCUCCAAGUCAGGGCCAUGCCUGGCAGCAAUAUUUUACAUUCAUGGUGCUCAGGAUAAAACCUGUUCUCCGAUCUCUUGCUGUCACUAUGUGGCAUCUCAAGCACAAGGUUUCCAAUUAAACCAGUCCCACGUCCCUCCUGUUGGCCUCUGCUGGCGCGGCUGUGUUUUUUGUCUUGCUGGGCUCUAUUCCCUUUUGUAACUCCAUCGACUUUUUCCCAGCAGAGAGUUUUGCCUCCUUCUUGUCAUGAAGAGUAAGUGGAGUAAUCAUUUAGUAGACUUAGCAUUUAAAUAUUGCGUGGCACUUAUAUAUGUGUAUAUAAAAAUGUUUUUUUUUAUGGUAGAGUGCCCCUGGGCAUUUGCAUGAAGCACAUUUCAACGUACGUUCGACUGUUGAUUUAAGCACACUGUACAUAAUAAGUCAUUUUUAGUGCAUAUUGGCUUCUUUCUCUGUUGGAACAAUGCACUUUUCUGGCAGGGAUGGGUCUUUGUAGCCCCUCUGGCACAUUUACUGCUGGACGUGGUGGAUUCUCUGGCCAAGGUGUACGUGGCCCCUCCUGCUGCACGUGCCCUGGGAUGUGGUAGUUCUUUGUCUCCAGCUGCUUGGUGGGUGGAUGCCAGAGCUUUUGGGGUGCCUUGGCAGCACAGUGAGCCUGCUCCCUGCACCUCCCUCUGGUUCUUGGAAUAAUCCCCUGGGAGAUUUUUCUUCUUUCCCUGCCAUCGUGUCCUAAGGCUGGUUGGUACACCGAGAAAUGCGGAGCGACCUGUGGCUGAGGAUGCAUCAGGAGUAACACGGUCUCAGCUCUCCUUUGCCAGGUAUCCUCUGUAAAUUGAUCACUUAACAUGGCAUCAAUAUGGACAAAUUAAUAAAAAUGCCAGCUCUCUAGCUUCUGUCUCUAUAAAAGCAGGUCUUGUAGAGCCUGAAUUUAUUGCCGAUUUAUAAAUAUGUCUAUAAAAGGAGAACUGCUCUGCUCUGAAGGUUACAUGGAACAAAUUCAUGUACCCUUUUCACUUUCAUAAAGUUCAAAGAUAGCACUGAAAUUUGUACCUCCUUUCUAGCUAGUGGAUGACUGGUACUGACUGGUGAGGCCACGGGAAUGGUAUGAGCAUCGUUUCACUUGCUACGUGUGGGACUGAAAGAGAUAAGCUGAAGUGCAAAACUGUG